CCUUGAUUCAGACUAGAUUGCUUUCCAUGGACUUCACCAUCACUAUGAUGCUCUUCUUGAUCCUCUUCAGCUGCCUUGCCCCUGCAGAAGCCAAGUACCGGUACUAUAAUUCCAUCCUCACAGUGCCAAAUGGAGGAAAGUGGGGCACUUGGGGGAAGAUCCAGUUUUGUCCACGGGGAUAUGCUCACGGCUUCUCACUGAAGGUAGAGCCAGUUCAAGGUCGAGGUGAUGAUACAGCCCUCAACGGAAUCCGCCUGCACUGCACUGAUGGUUCAGUAAUUGAGUCUUCAGUUGGACGGUGGGGAUCCUGGACACACACUCAGUAUUGCCCCCGUGGCAACCUAGUCUCUUUCUCUCUGAGGGUGGAAGGAACCCAGGGAAAAGGUGACGAUACUGCCGCCAACAACAUCCAGUUCACCUGCCAAGAUGGAACUGGGCUGAUGGGCCAUGGACUUGCCUGGGGUAAUUUUGGUCCAUGGAGCAGUCGCUGCUACUCUGGAUUCAUUAGUGGCAUUGAGACAAGGGUGGAGUCUCCCCAAGGAAAGGGCGAUGACACAGCACUCAAUGAUGUGAAAUUCUAUUGCACUGGCUGAACCCCAAGUACCUCCCUGUAUCUUUACUGCUUUUCAGUAGUCAUGAAUGUUAACCACAAUUAAAUAUUGGCAUGAAAGUAGUGUGUGAUUCUUUUCAUUU